AUGGGAAGCCUAGGAGGAUCGAUUGUGAGGAAACCGAGGUUUCUGUGUCUCCAUGGUUUCCGAACGAGCGGUGAGAUUAUGAAGAUUCAGCUUCACAAAUGGCCUAAAUCUGUUAUCGACCGGCUCGAUCUCGUCUUCCUCGACGCACCUUUUCCUUGUCAGGGCAAAUCCGAUGUCGAAGGCAUCUUCGAUCCUCCUUACUACGAGUGGUUCCAAUUUAACAAGGAAUUCACCGAGUAUACGAAUUUCGAGAAUUGCUUGGAGUAUCUAGAGGAUCGUAUGAUGAAGCUUGGUCCCUUUGAUGGUCUCAUUGGGUUUUCUCAGGGAGCAAUUUUGUCCGGGGGCUUACCAGGAUUGCAAGCUAAGGGAAUUGCACUACAGAAAGUACCAAAGAUCAAGUUUGUCAUUAUAAUUGGAGGAGCUAAGUUCAAAUCCACCAAGGUGGCGGACAAUGCGUACUCGUCCUCCCUCGAAACUCCCUCCCUCCACUUUUUAGGAGAGACAGAUUUCUUGAAACCUUACGGAAUCCAGCUGAUAGAUUCUUACAAGAAUCCGGUGGUCGUCAAUCAUCCCAAAGGCCAUACCGUCCCUAGGCUUGAUGAGAAAAGCUUAGAGAAAGUCACUGCAUUCAUGGAUACCAUAGAGCAUCUGGUGAUGGAGGAAGACAAGAAUGGUGAAGAAAAACAU